GACAUGCAGGGCGUAGAAAAAUGCCUUCUAAGGUUUUUGAAAAGGGAAAAAGCAUAGUGAAUGCUUUUCUAAAGUUUGCUAAAGUUUGAAAAGGCAUAGAAAAUGCUUUUCUAAGGGUUGAAAAGGUGUUUUUCCAUGUUUCACUUCACAAGUAAAGUGUUUUGUUAUUAAUAUGUGUGGGAAUACGAGGAAAAGACCGCGAAAACUGGGUAUAAAAAGAGACGCCAAGAACUCCACCACGGCGUGAAAACCCGACUACACUGAGGACAGACUCGGAUCCACAACCUGCAGUAUCAGAUCCAGCGGACUCAAUCAUCAUUCCAGACACACCUCCAACCUCACCAACAGAACAGCAACCUCCUUCUGUGCCAGUUCUGCUGGCUGCAGAUCCACAGCCAUCUACAUCCUACAGCCAUGCUGCAACCAACGUACUCUGGGCACCGCAGAAGCCUGUACAAUGCCGUGCUCGAAAAGUGACGGCGAAGAACACAACUGCCAAGCGGUUGUUUAAUGAGGUCCAUCAAAACGCAGCAACCCCAGCACCACUGCAUAGGAGUGAGGAGACAAACCCGCUACCAGAAAGUCAGAGGGGGCCAGAACAACAACUGCAUAUAAGUGAGGAGACAAACCUGCCACCUGAAAGUCAGAGCGGGCCGAAACGGUUGAAACCACCCCACGUCACUCUUCUGCUUCUGUGUCAAGUAGUACAAACUUUCAUGUCCUCUGUUUUAACCUUGUGUGAGAAAAUGUAAAUUUAAAAAAAAACUGCAAGGUGUGACAUUUCCCCCUUAAACAUGGAUAAAGAAGUAGAUCCUGAUCUUGAUGAAAUAGCGAUAGCUUUAGGUCAAUUAAAUCCUACCCCUGUCCCCUCUCACAUAGAUGUUAGACAUAAUCUAGAUGAUUCCUCUUUUGCAUUCACAAAAUCAGAAUCACAAAACAGUUACUCUAAUGACCCUCUGAGACCGAUUGAAAUGGCGCUUCAGCAUUUAAACGACCAGACAGAGCCUCAUUCUCCACUCUCACCAGAUUCUCAUCAGGAUUUGAUUGAGAUUUUUUCACUACCAACCUCUUCUUCAGAAGAGUCACAAAGACCUCCGGCUCAUCAGCGAGGUCACGGUGUAGGGGAUGAUGAGACCAGAUCAACUUCACACGACCGCUUUAACACAGUGGUCAUGCGGCGCGCUUUCACAGUACCCGAACCCGCUGCCGAACCGAAUCUUGCUCAGUUUUAUUCUGAUGUGAUGGGGAUAAUUCAUGGGUUAUCUCUGGAGGCUGAAUUACAUGCUAGACGAAAUGACAUCAUUCAGCUGGAGGUGGUAGGUGAAAAUGUGCGAGACCACGUCUCUGUUGUUGUUGAUGAUCAAGGUGGAAAUGUUCUUCCUGCUUUUGAAGGUUUGCUUGACCGGUUAGUGCAGUCUAACAACAGCAUUGUCGCAGAUGAGAAUGUGGAAUUUGUUGUUCAGGUUGUACGUAAUCCCAGGGGCGGUGGAAAACGUAAGCUUGCACGAACUCUAGAUUGUGAAAUUGCCACCAAAAAAAAACGCUGCUUGUACAUUGUGCUGAAUCGCAAAGAUCAGCUCUGCUUUGCCAUCAGUCUAGCUCACGUGAUGCAUCCAGAUCACACAGUUAACCAGUGUGUAAAACUGGCCCGUGAGUUGCAGCGUCAAGCCGGUCUGGAUGAGCAGACCCCCGUCACUUUUGGUGAUGUGAGCAGGUUUGAAGAAAUUGUCAAACGUAAAAUUGUGAUUUUUUAUCCGACAUCUCACAGUCAACCCCUCUCACAUUUUGAGACAGACUACCCAGAUCGCUCCAGACCGUUGUUUUUGUUUUUACUGCAAAACCAUUACUACGGUAUAAAGAAUCUCAAAGCUUUUAUAGGUGCAAAAUUUGUCUGCCAUCAUUGCUACAAGGGUUUUGACUGCUCCUAUGUGCACAGUUGCCGAGGUUACUGUCAGGUUUGUAAUGACCCUAUUUGUCCUACAGAAGACCUCCAGCCUUUGCACUGCUCAGACUGCAACAGGAUCUGUCGCUCGAUCUCCUGUUUUGCUAGACACAAAGAGACUAAACCGAGUCAUUUGAACAGACAACCCUCCGCUCUCUGUGACAGGGUAAAAAAAUGUACGCGGUGCAAACUAUGCUACUACGUUAACAUGCACACAGGCAAGGCGACGCAUAGCUGCAGCACCAAAUGCAAAAUUUGUGGAGAAAAAUUACCGGCCGGGUCUGAUGUAAUCCUCGGUAAUCACCAAUGCUACAUUCAACCGCUCUCACAAAUAAAUGAUCAUCCUGAUUUGGUUUUUUAUGAUUUUGAAACAUUUGUGAACGAGAAAGGCGAGCACAUCCCCUUUCUAGUCUGUGCAAAAACAUUGAAAGGUACGGAGAAGGUGUUUUAUGGUCUGCAGUGUGUUAAACAUUUUCUUCUGCAUUUCAGAAGCAACCGCUACCGAAGAAAUGUUUUUAUUGCACAUAAUGCUAGAGGAUUUGACGGCUACCUGAUUUUGAGGGGCAUGCUGAAAGAAGGUGUAGUACCGCAGCAGAUUCUCAUGACUGGAAGUAAACUUCUCAGUUUUGAGGAACCCCACUAUCAACUAAAAUUCAUUGACUCUCUUUCUUUCCUAGCCAUGAGGCUCAGUGCUAUGCCAAAGGCUCUGGGCUUCACCGACCAGAUCAAGGGGUACUUUCCACACCAUUUCAGCUCAGCGGGGCGUCUUGGGUAUGUGGGAGUCUACCCUUUGCCAGCCGAAUAUGGCACAGAACGCAUGACACUGACCGAGCAGAAAGAGUUUUAUGAGUGGUACGGUCAAGUCAGUCGCGGCACCUUCGAUUUCAGGAAGGAGGCCGUGCGUUACUGUAAAAAUGAUGUUGACAUUCUGUCCAAGGCCUGUGUUCGAUUCAGAGAACAGUUUCUCAGCGAAACGGGGGUGGAUCCGUUUGGUUCGAUCACUAUUGCCUCUGCUUGCAUGAGGGUGUUUCUUACCAAAUUUCUACAGCCCAAUACUCUCGCUAUACCAUGCCCGUACGAGUACAGAGGUCAGUGUAAAAGAUUCUCGGAGCCCUCCAUUCAGUGGUUAGAGUGGGUCAUGCACAAACAGAAAAUCUUUAUCCAGCACGCUCUGAACUUGGGGGAAAAACAGAUUGGUUCUUUUUUUGUGGACGGUUAUGCAGAGAUUGAUGGUGUAAAAUGUGUUUGGGAGUUUCACGGUUGCUUUUACCACGGGUGUCCUAGCUGUUUCUCUCCUACAGAGACCUGCACCUUGAGAGGCGUUUCCUUUGGGGAACUGCAUGUGGCUGGUGAGGACAGAGUGCGCAGGUUGGAAUCUCAAUAUGGCAUCCGAGUUGUUGUCAUGAGAGAACAUGUGUGGAAUGAGAUGAAAAAAUCCUGUGCAGAGGUGAAAGAGUUUCUCAGUGUUUUUGACCCCCCUGAACCUCUCUCCCCACGCAAAGCCCUUUACGGGGGCAGAACGUGUGCCCUAAAAUUGAGACACACGGCUGAACCUGAAGAACAGAUUCACUAUGUGGACUUUACGUCUCUUUAUCCAUUUGUUAACAGCACCUGUUCUUAUCCGCUAGGUCACCCAACCAUCAUCUACAAAGAUUUUGGGGAUCCUAGAGACUACUAUGGGUUCAUUCGUGCCACCGUCUACCCGCCGCGUGGGCUAUUUUUCCCUGUUUUACCUUACAAAACCUCACAGGGUAAACUCAUCUUCACACUUUGCAGAACCUGUGCAGAAAAUAACCAUCAAGAGGGCCCCUGUCAUCACGACGAUGAGGCCAGAGCAUUGACAGGGGUGUGGGUGAGUGUGGAGUUUCACAAGGCUUUGGAGAUGGGUUACAGAGUCGGUAAAAUAACAGAGGUUUGGCACUUUCCAGACAGUAGUGACAGGGUGUUUGUGGACUACAUACACACAUUUCUGAAAGGAAAGCAGGAAGCGUCAGGUUAUCCUCCAGAGGCUUCAGAUGAAGUCAGCAGGGAGGAAUACAUCAGGGACUAUCAGGUUCAUCAAAACAUCCAAUUAGAUCCUACCAAAAUUGAGAAAAAUCCUGUCAAAAGGCAGGUGGCUAAACUGUGUCUCAACAGCCUCUGGGGAAAAUUUGCACAGAGACAUAAUCUGCUUCAGACCUGCAUCGUCACAGAACCCGAAGAAUUUUUCAACUACCUGUUUUCGGGUAAAUACAAAGUAGAGUACUUUCAGGUCCUUGACAGCGAGAGAGCUUUACUUCAGUGGAAAUACACUGAGCGCUGCAUUCAACCUCCGGGUAGGCAGAGUAAUGUCUUUCUAGCUGCAUUCACCACAGCACACGCACGACUCAAGUUGUACAGCUAUCUGGAAAAGCUGCAAGAGAGGGUUCUCUACACUGACACAGACAGCCUGAUUUAUGUGGUCAAGAAGGGUGAGACCCCUCUAGAGCUGGGAAACUAUCUGGGGGACUUAACAGAUGAGUUGGAGGGUGACAGCAUUCAGGAGUUUGUGGCUGCCGGUCCCAAAAGUUAUGCCUACCAAACAAAAAAAAAAAAAAAAAGGUCAUGCGUGUCAAAGGUAUAACUCAGACGCAUGAAUGCUGCGAGCGUGUGAACUUUGACAGUGUCAGAGAGCUGGUGGAGGGUUUCCAAACACACAAUUCACGGCAGAGGGUCAUUAACACACCACAGCACAACAUUGUUCGUAAUAAAAGUGGGUUUGUGUUAAAGAACUUGACAUUUCAGAAAAAGUUUCGAGUGGUGUAUGACAAACGACGCCUCCUGGCUGAUGGAACUUCUCUGCCUUUUGGUUAUUAAAACUUGAUUUUUUAAAAAAUGUCACAUCUUGCUGUUACAGAGGAAACUGAUUUUGAACCUCGGUUCAUUUUUCCCUUCUCAAUGCUUUUGGCUGGCCCGUCCGGGUGUGGCAAGACAUAUUUUGUCCGGAAAAUUCUUGAGCAUUGUCAACAUGUGAUGACUAUGGUACCUGAAAACAUUGUCUGGAUAUAUACUUCGUUUCAACCCAUGUACAAUGAAUUGCAAAGGAUGAAUAAAAACAUUAAAUUUGUUGAA